AUGUCGUCGCUGGAGCAGAGACUCUCCCGAAUCGAGGAGAAACUCAAGCAGGAAAAUAAAGAAGCUCGCAAACGGAUCGACCUGAACAUCGACAUGAGCCCGCAGCGGACGCGCCCGAGGCCAAUCAUCGUGAUCCAGCUCAGUCCAGCUCCAGCCCCUUCCCAGCGCGCAGCUCUACAGUUGCCUUUGGCCAACGAUGGAGGCAGUCGCUCGUCCUCGUCAGAAAGCUCCCCUCAACACCCCUCGUACCCCAAUAGACCCCGACAAAUGCUCACACUUCCCACAACACCGUACAACCUACAAAAGAACCUGGAGAAUGCUGAAAUCGAUCAGAAGUUGCAGGAAAUCAUGAAACAAACCGGAUAUUUGAAGAUUGAUGGACAGCGUUACCCCGCAGAGGUGACUGAUCUAAUCAGUGAGGGGGAGAUCGGCAGUGGAACCUGUGGACAGGUGUUUAAAGUUCGUUUUAAGAAGACUGGCCAUGUCAUCGCAGUCAAGCAAAUGAGAAGAACGGGUAACAAAGAUGAGAAUAAGAGAAUCCUCAUGGAUCUGGAUGUUGUAUUGAAGAGUCACGACUGUCCAUACAUCAUUCAGUGCUAUGGGGCAAUAGUCACCAAUACGGAUGUGUUCAUUGCCAUGGAACUAAUGGGAACGUGUGCAGAGAAGCUGAAGAAGAGGAUCCAAGGGCCCAUACCAGAGGCCAUUCUGGGAAAGAUGACCGUGGCUAUUGUGAAUGCUCUGCUUUAUCUAAAAGAGAAACAUGGUGUCAUACACCGAGACGUAAAGCCAUCUAAUAUCUUGUUGGACGCCAAAGGGCAGAUCAAACUGUGUGAUUUUGGCAUUAGCGGUCGAUUGGUAGAUUCUAAGGCCAAGACUCGCAGCGCCGGCUGUGCUGCGUACAUGGCGCCUGAGAGAAUAGACCCUCCAGACCCCAGUAAGCCAGAUUAUGACAUCAGAGCCGACGUCUGGAGUCUUGGCAUUUCUCUGGUGGAGCUAGCCACAGGACAGUUUCCUUACAAGAACUGCAAGACAGACUUUGAGGUUCUUACCAAAGUUCUGCAAGAGGACCCGCCAGUGCUUCCUCUCAGCAUGGGCUUUUCCCCUGACUUUCAGUCCUUCGUCAAAGACUGCCUCACAAAGGAUCACAGAAAAAGGCCAAAAUACCACAAGCUGCUUGAACACAGUUUCAUCCGUCGUUACGAGGUGUCAGAAGUGGACGUUGCGGGCUGGUUUCAGGCGGUGAUGGAGCGCACAGAGUCUCCUCGCAGCAGUCAGUGCUUCAGCCAUCACCAGCUCCACUCUCUCUUCAGUAGGUAG